AUAGCAGAGAUCAGUGGGUGCGCCGUGUGUGAAGUUAGCGUUACACAUGUACGCAAGAUGCAAUAAGUUGCGGGAUCUGUGCAUAGGCCUACACGUCACCUAGACGCACGGUAUCCUUCAUCACUCUUCAAAUACCCCAAUUUCUUCAUGUUUUGAGUUUUAUCAACGGAAAGACUGCAGCAUCCUUACUCCACUCUUUUUGCUGUGUACAAAGUCAAUGGAAAGUUAACUGCAUUUUCGAAGUAAAGGCGUAACGCACGUAAGGCCACAGCUCCUUGGUACAAAGACGUUAGGCCCUAUGCCUCUUCCCACUGAUUCUGAGAAUGGAUUAGCGUCACUGGCAGGCAUGGGAUGAGCUAGCCCCAGACUAGGAUGUAUUUGAUGAAGUGACUGGACAGGACAUCAAACCUGGUCAGUGCCCAGUCAUUCCAGCUGACCGUGGUACUUCAGGGGUUUGUGUGACAGACUGCCAGACUGACAGUCAUUGUGAUGGGAUCAAGAAAUGUUGCCAGACACCUUGUGGUGGGGCCAUGUGUCAGGAAGCUGUUACCCCUGAACCAGACCAGCCACCACAUGCACUGUCCUUGGUGUCAGAGCAGAUUGAGUCUCAGUGGCAGGAUUGGGUGGAGAAAAAACGUCAGAUGGUCCAGAAGCUUCAACGAUUUCCUGAACCUCCAAGGUUCUUCAAGGAACUCACCAAUACUACAGAUGCUCUGAGUGUGUGCACUUCCAACCCCUGUGAGUGGAAGAAAUGUGUGCGCAUGGCUAGCACAUUCACUUACAAUCUGAAGCCAAGAAGAGAAUGGGCCUGUGCUUUAGCAACAUCACCUGAACAUUGUAUGGAUUGGGUUGAACAGGGUUUUGUUGAUAUGAUGAUAACUCGUAAUGAAGAUAUCUACACUGCUAAGACGAAAUACAAUCUCCUUCCUGCGGCCUAUGAAAGUACACAGACAAAGCAAACUCCUCCAAGUGAGUGGCAGAACAUAACUCUUGCUGUGGCUAAAAUCACAACCAACAUUGACACUUGGGCUCAACUUGAGAAUCGUCAAGUUUGCAUCACUAGUGCCAACAGUACUUCUGGCUUCAAGACCCCAAUCGGGAGUCUUAUCCAGGAGGGAGUUAUUGCCCAAAAGGGAGACUUUGUUCAGAGUGCAGGGGAGUUCUUCAGUGAGAGUUGUGUGCCAGGUAUUCUGAGCAAGACUUUUGAUAAGAAUGGGACAUAUCCUGUGUCCCUUUUGGCAAGAUGUGAAGGCGAGGCUUCCCUGCGCUAUGAGGGUCUUGAUGGUGCCGUUCACUGUUUGAAGGAGGAUGUUGGCGAAGUGAUUUUCAUUGAUCACAAGAAAGUUCAGAGUUUGUUGCUAGAAUCAACAGCUGUAACUCAAUUCAAGCUGAUCUGUAAGUCUGGUAGCCAGCCUUUGACUGAAUGGGAAACCAAGGAUUGCCAUGUUAGCAAGGUACCGCAGCCAACUGUUUACAUCAGCCCACGAAAGACUGAUCUCAAAGCUGUAAUACAGAACCUCUUGGCACGGGCCGUUCAGGUCUACAGUGGUAAAGCAGUUGGCACUUUCAAGCUGUUUGACUCUGAUGAGUACAACUGCCCAACUGGUCACAGUUCUGACAUACUCUUCAAGCAAGAAUCCAAUGUCUUUAUGAACAUUGAUGAAGCAGUCAAGCCACAUGCUGAGCCAUUCUUUAUGCUGAUGGAUACUGUGGAAAGGCUGGUACCUAAGACUGUGUGCAGAGUGUGUGUCACCAAGCCGGAGUUAUAUGAAGGAUGCAAGAUCUACAAAGGGCUGUUUGAGCACGUUGAAAUUACGAAUGAUGUAGCUUGGGGCUGUGUCUUGGCUAAGACCAAGAUGGAAUGCAUGCAGGCUGUCAUGAAUGGAACUGCAGAUUUGAUAACUGCUGACCCUACCGAGAUGUUUAUUGCUGGACGAGAAUUCAAACUACAACCAUUUAUGAGUCAGGAAUUUGAUACAUUAGCCCCUCGAGUGGAUGGCAAGUCUCUGUUUGAUAACACCACUUACACCUACACCAUUGCUGUGAUGACAAAGGAGAAAUUGUUGGAGAAAUAUGGCAAUAAUGUCAGAUUCCUGAACAUGACUGGAUUGAAUCCAUGCUUUGCUGGCAUCAGUAAGCUGUCAUCAUUUAAGCAUCCUAUUGGCUGGCUUCUGGCCAAUGGCACCAUUCCUCGUAUUGGUUCUGUCUUUGAAUCCAUCAGCCGCUUCUUUGAGAAAUCUUGCCUGCCUGGUGCUGCCCCCCAAAAUUGGACAUGGGAUAGGGACCUCAUCCUCGGUCAUGAACUCAACUGGGGCUUCCCAGGUUGGAAUUUCUAUAAUUUCACUGGUUAUGAAUGGUUCAACAUGAACAUGCCCAACACUUGGAACUAUUACAACUGGAAAGGAAUGUCCCCCAGAUUCUUUGACAUCUUCUUUAAGACAAAUACCAAGAAUGAGAUCAAGGAUUUGUUGUCCUCCGUGAGUCUAAGGAAAGCUCCACUUCUUCACAGAAUCCUUAGCACUGAACCAUCAAGUUUGAAGGACUUGUCUAAACUCCUUGAUCAGUUACCUGAUGAAAUCCAUGGGCUUGAUGAUGAGACUGUGAUUCCAAGAGAUCAGGUCAGGUCUCAGACUAGGUGGGGCAUUGACGGAUUGAUCAAGAAAUUAAAAGCAGUGGAUUCCCAAUCUUGGUUGAGGUCUACUGACAAGUCAAAGUAUCAUAAAUCAAAGCCAUUUGACAGAUAUCAGUCAGCUGAGCCCACUUUGACUUCUUUGCUAAACAACCUUGCCUCCAAGCAUUUCAACAUAAAAGAACAACUGAAUGAUUUUCUGGAAUACAUCUAUGAAUCUCCUUCUAUGAUUGAUAGACAAGAGGAAAAGUUUAGCUGGAUCACUCACCCUGCUAUUAAGAGUUUCCUUCAAGUCUACAGUCGUCGCUUUAUCAACAUUGACUUGUUUGACAGUAUAGCUUUACGUGAGCAUGAGUUCAACCGUUACUUCAACCCAAUUUGGAACUCUCCAGAUAUCAGUGAAUUCCUUGAAAGAACGAAGCUCCAUCAAGACAGACUUUGUAGUGCUUGUGCCGGAGCUGGUGCGUCUAACUGCACCGAGACUAUGCAGGAACCCUUCUCUGACUACCAGGGAAGUCUGGAGUGUCUGAGUAACCAAGCUGGUGAUAUUUCUUUCCUUGAAGCCCACACAGCUCAGAGAAUGCUUAGGUCGGCCAGAAUAUUGCCAAGUGAGGUUGUCAUGGUGUGUCACUCUGGUGAGGUGAUUGAUUUCACCAUAGAUGAAGAAAUUCUGAAGGAGUGCAGCUUUGGUGCUGUGCCUCACUCAGCUCUUCUGACUGCAUAUAACAGGACAGGAAGUUGGCGUUGGAAUGUGACAAAGGCUCUUCUUCAUGCUCAGAGACAGUUUGAUAUCUCGCCAAUGGCUGAAGUCUUUGUGCCUUCACCUUCUUCCUUCAAGUUCCAGCCUAUUCCUCUUAUCAACCAGACUUAUGAAGUUUAUCUGGGACCUAUGCUACUGCGCUCUUUUGAAGCCCUUGUUAAACCCUCUUCUUAUGAUUGGUGGAAGAACAAGACCAAUGUAUGUUGGGGUGAGACCUACACCAAUGUCUUGACUCAGAGGAAUGGCACCUGCAAUGCUAUUGUUAAGGAUAUCACUUGCUCAGGAACCCCAUCACCUGUUGUGAUCUCUUUGGGCCGUAUUGGUGAGAAGAAAAAGAUCUUGAUGCCUAUGUGCAGCCGUCCCACCAGCUUCCAGCGUCAGAUGGCAGAGUUCACCUGCGAUAAUGGUGCUACUUACCUGAAGACAGUCAUGGCUCCUACUGCCUGUGAAUGUGUCCCCUGUGAGGAGACUUCCACAAAUCCAACAUGGAACAGGGAUGACUUCUGGAUGACAGAAGACAGGAAGUUUUUGCCAAGACAGUAUGAAGAAAUCAAGAACCAGUGGGGAAAUAAUCCAUUCUGGGCCAAUCCUUCCCUCAAUGCGAACUUUGAAGUGGCAGAUGCUAUUACGGAUCUGAAAGACAUCCAACCGGUCAACCAACACACUGUCAGUACAAAGAAGUCCCCCACUUGUGAGAAGCCAUGGAUUGGAGAUGAGUGGCAUCGUGAGUGGUUUUCGCAACAAAGCAGCAUCCCAGUCUGUGAGCAGAAGAGCACAUUGAAUGCUGCCAAGAAAAUCCACAUGAUUGUUGCCCAAAUUCAACAGGAACGUCGUCAGUAAAUACUGACUCAUCAAGAGAACCUAAGUUAGAAAUUCUUAUACUUUUCAAUUUGUUAUGUGAUCUUCAUGAUUGCCUGAUUUAUUUGAUUCUGCAUGAAAACUUCAACCUAACUUGUUUUACAACUGUGUAUUGGAAGGAAAAGGUGAUUUGCUGAUUGUGGGAUUGUUGACAAAUUUUGCAGUAAAUAUUUACAUAUCACAGAAAACGCAAGAAAUUAUGCACAUCUGAUUGCACCCAACUUUACCAUUUAAUUGUCGAAUGAAUUUUGUUGUUUGGAAUUUCAAGAUAUUUAGUGUUAAUUUUGUCAUCGCUGUUCCUCACAGCUAUAUGCAAAUGUACAUUUACAUGUACAUGUUUUAAUGAAAGUGUAAAAGAAAAAUUUAAGUUUCAGAUAUUUUUGUUUACCUGUAUUAGAAUUGAUUUAUAUUCAGUCUUGAAAACCUACCGAAUUUCCAAAACCUUAAAAAUGUUGUCUAGAAAGGUGUAGACAUCGAAGGAAGAAAUGGCCAAAAACAACAGUGUGCUUGUUCUGAAACCAUGCUAAGUAGCUAAUAAUAAUCUGAGUUACAUGUUAACUUCAAAACUAAAAUUGCUAAACAUUGAAUUACGUAGAUAAGUUGUUUACAUACACAUUGUGUAAUUAAUGUUUAUUCUUUUAUUUUGAUGAUAACCUGAAUAAAGUGUUGAAAUGUUACUGCAGCAGAACCAU